CGAAAGGUACGUCACACAGUUCGGGGUAAAGAGACGCAAUGCUCUUUGAAUUUGGUCGCGGUUUUGUCUUUUCCAGAUAAAAUGAUUCAUUCCAGUAGCGUUUAGUUGAAUUUGAGCGAAGUUUGUUAAUUACUAUCGAAUCGGCACGGUUUUUGAUAAAGAGUGCGAUAUAUAUAUAAAUAAGAAACAUGUCAUCAGUAAAAGUGGCUGUUCGCGUCAGACCUUUCAACAACAGAGAAAUAUCACGAGAAUGCAAGUGCAUCAUAAAGAUGAUAGGAAAUACUACAACAAUAAACAAUCCUAAGGCUGACCCCAACACAAAGGAUUCGAUUAAAAGCUUCAAUUUUGAUUAUUCCUAUUGGUCUCACGAUCCCACAGAUGCAGACUUUUCCUCACAAGUGGUCGUCUACAAGGACAUCGGCGAAGAAAUGCUACAACAUUCUUUCGACGGUUAUAAUGUUUGUAUAUUUGCUUACGGUCAAACAGGAGCCGGUAAGUCUUACACCAUGAUGGGUAAGCAGGAAGAUGGCCAGGAAGGUAUCAUACCUUUAAUAUGCAAGGAAUUGUUCAAGAAAAUCCGUGAUAACAACCAACCAGACGUCAAGUAUUCUGUGGAAGUCAGUUACAUGGAAAUUUAUUGUGAACGUGUUAGGGAUUUGCUCAAUCCAAAAAAUAAAGGAAAUUUAAAAGUUCGAGAACAUCCGUUGCUAGGCCCUUAUGUAGAAGAUUUAAGUAAAUUAGCUGUUACCAGCUACCAAGACAUUUACGAUCUGAUCGAUGAGGGUAACAAGGCCAGGACAGUGGCUGCAACGAAUAUGAACGAAACAAGUUCCAGAUCUCAUGCAGUUUUUACCAUAUUUUUCACUCAGCAAAGGCUAGAUGAAACAACCCAACUUACUACAGAAAAAGUAUCGAAGAUAUCUCUGGUCGAUCUUGCCGGUUCCGAACGAGCAGACUCUACCGGAGCCAAAGGUACUCGCCUCAAGGAAGGUGCCAACAUCAACAAAAGUCUCACUACUUUAGGCAAGGUCAUAUCGGCUUUAGCUGAGAUUUCGGCCUCCAAGAACAAGAAAUCGAAAAAGGCUGAUUUUAUUCCCUACAGAGAUUCUGUGUUGACAUGGCUCUUGAGGGAAAACCUUGGGGGAAAUAGCAAAACAGCAAUGAUCGCUGCCAUAUCCCCGGCUGACAUCAAUUAUGACGAAACACUUUCCACUUUGAGAUACGCAGAUAGAGCUAAACAGAUUGUCUGCAAGGCAGUUGUUAACGAAGAUGCCAAUGCUAAGCUUAUUAGAGAGCUCAAAGAAGAAAUUCAGAAACUUCGAGAGCUACUCAAACAAGAGGGCAUUGAAGUCCACGAAGGGCCCGAUGGCAAAGUUAUUUACGAAAAGAAAGAACAGCGUGCUGAAAACGGUAUAAUCGAUAGAAACAAUAAAGAAAAUGAGAAGAGGGCUCGUACACAGUCUACCACAGCCGAGGAGGCGGUAGAUCAGCUGCAAGCUAGCGAAAAGCUAAUCGCAGAAUUGAACGAAACAUGGGAAGAAAAACUUAAGAAAACAGAAGCAAUUCGUAUUGAACGCGAAGCAGUUUUUGCUGAGAUGGGUGUAGCAAUUAAAGAUGGUAACACUGUCGGUAUUUUCUCUCCUAAGAGAACGCCGCAUCUAGUUAAUCUAAACGAGGAUCCGUUCAUGUCCGAAUGUUUGAUUUAUUAUAUAAAGGAUGGUCUUACUCGUAUCGGAUCCGAAGAAGCCAAUUGUCCUCAAGAUGUGCAACUGUCUGGUUCGCAUAUAAAAGCCGAACAUUGUAUUUUCGAGAACAAAGAUAAGAAAAUCACUCUGAUACCUCUAAAUGGCGCUCUCAUCUAUGUUAAUGGCAGAGAGAUUACCGAACCGAUAGUACUAAAAACCGGGUCCAGAGUUAUUUUGGGCAAAAACCACGUAUUCCGUUUCACUCAUCCUGACGAAGUGAGAGAAAUCAGAGAAAAAAGCGCACCUGCCGAGACAGUUGAUUGGAAUUUUGCUCAGAACGAAUUACUAGAGAAACAGGGAGUGGAUUUGAAAGCGGAAAUGCAAAAGAAACUGGUGACAUUAGAAGAACAGUAUCGUAAAGAGAAGGAAGCAGCCGACCAACUAUUUGAUGAACAAAGAAAGAGCUACGAAGCGAGGAUCGACGCACUGCAAAAGCAGGUUGAGGAACAAAGCAUGACGAUGUCCAUGUAUAGUUCUUACACCCCUGAAGAUUUCAACAAUGAAGAUGAUAUAUUUGUGAACCCUCUGUUUGAUGCAGAGUGCAACUGGGCGGAGAAGGAUUUCGAACUGGCGGCUGUUGCGUGGCGCAAGUGGAAACAUCACCAGUUUACUUCGCUAAGAGAUGACCUUUGGGGUAAUGCCAUUUUCCUGAAAGAGGCCAAUGCGAUUAGUGUAGAACUGAAGAAAAAGGUUCAGUUCCAAUUUACACUUCUCACGGACACCCUCUACUCACCUUUGCCUCCCGAUUUGAAGCCCGCAAUAGACUACGAUCAGGAUGAGGAUUUCUCAAUCGCUCGUACAAUUGUAGCUGUGGAAGUACAAGAUUUAAAAAAUGGAGCAACGCAUUAUUGGUCUUUGGAUAAAUUGCGCCAACGUCUGGAGUUAAUGCGCGAGAUGUACCACAACGAGGCCGAGAUGUCUCCUAUGUCGCCCGAUUACAACGUGGAGUCUUUAACAGGGGGCGAUCCAUUUUACGACAGAUUUCCUUGGUUUCGUAUGGUCGGUCGCGGUUUUGUCUAUCUCAGCAAUCUACUCUACCCAGUUACCCUUAUCCAUAAAGUCGCUAUAGUGAGCGAAAAGGGAGACGUCCGCGGUUAUUUGAGGGUGGCGGUUCAAGCCGUUAUGGACGAAGACAACUCCGAUCAGGUCGGAGUACGUCAAAGUGCACGAAUAACAUUCGAAUCGACACCAAAAGUUAUAAUAGACAGAAAUAUUAACAAUAUGGAUGAGCGUAUUAUUGAAGGUCAAAACAACAUUGAUCCCAUAAAAUUAGAAGAACUAAUCGAAUGCGAUGCUGAUUCAGGGCGUGGAGAUAGUUCCGUGGCAUCAGACGUGAAAGAGGACGAAAUACCUGAUCAUCUACUCCUAGGAAAAGAAUUUACCUUUAGAGUUACUGUGCUCCAAGCUGUAGGAAUUUCGACGGAAUACGCCGAUGUAUUCUGCCAGUUCAACUUCUUGCAUCGACACGACGAAGCUUUUUCAACCGAACCGGUAAAGAAUACGGGAAAGGGCACACCACUAGGAUUUUAUCACGUACAAAAUAUAACUGUUACUUGCACUAAAUCCUUCCUCGAUUACAUCAAAACUCAGCCCAUAGUUUUUGAGGUAUUCGGGCAUUACCAGCAGCAUCCUCUCCACAAAGAUGCCAAACUGGAGGGUAACGUACGUCAACCACCACGCCGGAUGCUUCCACCGUCGAUUCCCAUCUCCCAACCAGUAAGAUCAAGCAAGUUUGGGGCUCUACCUAGUCCUUGUACUGCUCACAUUCACGCCAAAGUAGAUAUUCUAGUUUGGUUUGAGAUUUGCGAACUGGCUCCCAGUGGAGAAUACGUUCCCGUAGUCGUGGAACAUAGCGACGAUCUGCCUUGCAGAGGGCUGUUUUUACUACACCAAGGUAUCCAAAGAAGAAUUCGUAUAACUAUUGUCCAUGACCAGGCUUCAGAAAUAAAAUGGCGGGAUGUACGUGAAUUGGUCGUGGGUCGAAUAAGAAAUACUCCGGAAUCCGAGGAAGACGAAGAUAAUGACAAUUCUGUACUCUCUCUGGGACUAUUUCCAGGAGAAUAUCUCGACAUUCCCGGCGAUGAUCGUGUUAUGUUCAGAUUCGAGGCAGCGUGGGAUAGUUCCCUCCACAAUUCACCACUUUUGAACAGGGUAACGUCACAAGGAGAACAGAUAUUUAUGACAAUAUCAGCAUAUUUGGAGCUUGAAAACUGCGGGCGUCCUGCAAUCAUUACAAAGGAUCUUAGUAUGGUGAUGUACGGAAGAGAUGCUCGAACGGGUCCAAGGUCUUUGAAACAUCUGUUUUCGGGCAGCUACAGGAACACUGAGGCCAACAGAUUAUCCGGCGUUUACGAACUAUUAUUACGUCGUGCCAGCGAAGCAGGUAGUCCAGGCGUACAGAGGCGGCAACGUCGCGUUUUGGACACAAGCUCCACCUAUGUUCGAGGAGAGGAAAACCUACACGGAUGGCGACCCCGAGGCGAUUCUCUCAUUUUCGAUCACCAAUGGGAGUUAGAAAAGUUAACGCGUUUGGAGGAGGUAGAACGAGUUAGACAUAACCUUUUGCUUAGAGAACGAUUAGGAUUAGACCGCGGUCACAACUACAACAAAUUCCAAACCGAAUAUACCACAAAAAGCGAAAAAGAAGUUUCCAAUAUGGUGGCUAAAAACAACUUAAACCAAAUUCAUCAAGCUAAUAAUGAUUCCAUUUACGAAUAUACCGAAAAGGAACGUCAGUUGUUGAACAGGUGCGUUCGUCUUAUUCAAGGUAAACCAAAGGAUUCCAAGGAAGUCAAGGAUAAUGAUAUGGCGAGCCCCACUGAAGAACUUACCGACAUGAGCACCAGUAUGAUGUCAAGUGUAUUGACGCACAGCUCGAUGGAGUUAUGUUCUCCAGAAAGGGCUCCUUUACCAGGCGAAUGCGCACCAUUUCCGUCAAUGCCCUCUUCUCCACCAGGUCCGAGAGAUCCAGAAUUGGUUCUCUACGUUCCCGAUAUGGAAGAAAUCAGGAUUUCUCCUGUGGUGGCUAGAAAGGGAUAUUUGAAUGUUUUGGAGCACAAGACGCACGGAUGGAAGAAACGAUGGGUGUCGGUACGACGUCCAUAUGUAUUUAUAUUCCGCGACGAAAAAGAUCCCGUCGAGAGAGCUUUGAUCAAUCUUGCCACCGCUCAAGUAGAAUAUUCCGAGGAUCAACUGGCAAUGGUUCGGUUACCAAACACCUUCAGUGUAGUCAGUAAGCACAGGGGAUACCUUCUUCAGACUCUCCACGAGAAAGAGGUUCACGACUGGCUGUACGCCAUCAACCCUCUGUUAGCCGGCCAGAUCAGGUCAAAGUCAGCUCGUCGACACCCCCAAACCAAAGAAGAGAGCAUCAACGAGGCCGUAGUUCCUGUUGCACCCAAAUGAGACAUGAUCAAUAUGGAAUCCGUGCUUGUGUAUUAAAAAAAUAUGUUUUGCUUACUAAUUUCUAAUAACAUCUCGUAUAAAAAAAUCGGUAUUACUAAAUAUUAAUAUUGAAUUAUUUAUUUAAUGUGUGGGAGGAUUCCAUAUUGACAAAUUGAUACUAAUACAGAACACAAUUUUAUUCUAGUCAUAAUUUAAAAGGGUGUCAAGUAAGUACAUAAAUCAUAGUUAUUAUUUUAGGUAUAUAUUUUUCUAUGUUAUGCAAGAGUUUUAAAAGAUAUUUGUUGUCUUAUUUGACACCUCUGGCGAGAUUUGCAGUUGGAUAAACAUCUCGUUAAUUUUUUGUACAGAAAGUAAUAUAAUUCUAAGGGUCAGGACCCUUAGAUUUGUAAUGGUGACGAAUAGAUAACUUUAAUUUAAGAAACCAUUGUGAUUUUUUUAAUAUUUUAUGGUUUGAUUAUACCUAGUAUAUUUUCCGAUUUUUAGUUAUCUAGAAAAUUUAAAUUGUUAAGGAAUUGUAGGAAAGGAAACAAGAAAAUAUUUGAAUAUUAAAAGGGUUUUAGAUUGUCCUUUCCAUAUGAAGUUUAUUCUUACUCUGUCCUUCAGGAAAGUAUGAAAGCUUUUAUAGACUUAAAAAAAUUGAUUAAACACAUUACACAUAUAAUAUAUAAUUAAAAUAAAAAGUUUAAACAGUACCCUUUUCCUUAAGGCCUCAAUCUUAAUUUUGAUGUGCAAUAUUAUAAUAAUAAGAUGUAUAAAAUAUUAUAUUGACGCAGAAGUCGGAAGUUUUACAUGAAGAUAAUGUGAUGGUACUUUUAAGAAAGUUCAGAUUGAAAAUGUUGUAAUAAAGCUAUGUAAUUGUUAAUUUAUUUGGGACGGGGCUAUUUUUUAGUUGAAUUAAUUUUUAAUAAACUUGUAGUCUUAAAUCAAAAGUUAUAGGUGGUACAAUCUUACGUAGUCAACUAUGCAAGUUAGAAACUCAAGGAUUGUCUCACAAUAAAGCUCAUUUUAAACUUUAAUAUUUUUAGUCUUCUUUUGCGUAGUCUUGUUUCUAAGUUUAUUAUACCAUAGGUCAACCAUUUUUGGAUAUAGUGUAAUAAUUUAAAAAUAUGUUCUUAAACGAGUCUCAUUUUAAAAUAUUUUUGAAUAAAGAUGUAAAACAACAAAUGCAGCCAUACUCAAUGUUUGUAGUAAAAACGCUAAAUAUAAUCAAGCGUAGAAUAUUUUUUUUUUCAAUCCAACAUUAUCAAUGUGAUGAGAUCUAGUUCCUCACGGAUUUUCUUAUAAAAAUAAAUUAUCUUAUUUUUCUUAAAUAAUAAAUUAUCUACGUGUUUUCCGAAAUAUAUUCUUCAAGUAAAAAAUUAACUCCUGUCAUUGAUAAUGUAUGUUGUAUUUUUCCAGCAUUGUAUGCAAACCUAGUUCUAAUUCCUAUACACGUUAUAUUUUUGUUGUACAGGAUGUUAGAAAAUAGAUGUCAUUCCAUCACCCAAGUUAUAUUUUCAUUGUUAAAUUUUUUGUUAAUUGCGACUUAUUAUAUUGCGUUUUCUUUUUAUAAAGCUUUUUAACUGUUUCUAAGAUACAGUAAUGUACUAAAAUAGAUUGACAUUCAUAAUACGGUUUGAGAUAAAAAAAUCAUUAGAUAGCUCAUUUUUGAAUCAACUUUUAAAAAUGACUUCUUUCAAAAAUGAAGUUAUUCUGUUAUUGUCGUACCUACAAAAUAUAAUUUGUCAAUCUAUUUUGUCUAUUACUGUACAAGUUAUAUUACAAAUUUUAUAGAUGCAUGUUAACAUUAAUAUUGCAAUCAUAAUUUAUUUUUACUUUAUUUAAUAUAGAAAGACGUUAAUCUUUAAAGAAUAUAUUUUUCAAUAAUUUCUUGUAUAAUUCUUUACAUUUUUAACACUUGUGCUACGCCUUAACUUUUAAGAGCUAUAAAUGUAUUAAAAUAUGAUGAUAAAAUAAAGUAGGACAAUUUAGAAAAUUUAUUAUUUUACUGAAGGCAAAGCUUUACAGGUUUUGUCAUUAUUACUGUAUAAUUGUAUAAGUAAUAUAUAAAAAUAAAAC